AUGUCGGAAGUAUGGGCAGACCAGCUUCCUCGAGAUUAUGGCGGCACCGUGGAUUUCGACAUUCUGGGCACUGCUUGGAGCGAGGAGGACUGCGAACGCUGUGUCUCCAGCUGCAGGCUUGCACUCCAGCAGGAUGUUCGCGAGCGCCAGUCCACAGAAAACCACUGCUACAGUGCUGACAAACCCUGGCCUCGAAUCCAGCAGCUUUUUGUCCUCAGUGUUCUUCUGCUUCUAGCAUUGUAUGGCAUUCCGUAG